CAAAAUAUGACAGCACAUCCAAAUGGUACAAUCUCCAUUGAGGUUUCAGACUUCCUCCUGAAUUGUUUUGUCAGGUCUCCCAGCUGGAAGCUCUGGUUGUCCCUGCCCCUAAGCUUCCUCUUCCUCCUGGCCAUGGGGGCCAAUAGUGUUCUCUUGGUCACCAUCCAGCUGGAGGCCUCUCUGCAUGAGCCCAUGUACUACCUGCUCAGCCUCCUGUCCCUCUUAGAUAUUGUUGUCUGCCUCACUGUCAUCCCCAAGGUCCUGGCCAUCUUCUGGUUUGACCUCAAGUCCAUCAACUUCUAUGCCUGCUUCAUCCAGAUGUACAUCAUGAAUUGCUUCCUUGCCAUGGAGUCCUGCACAUUCAUGGUCAUGGCCUAUGACCGCUAUGUGGCCAUCUGCCACCCACUGAGGUACCCAUCCAUCAUCACAGAACAAUUUGUAGCUAAGGCUGCCACCUUUAUUUUGGCCAGAAAUGGGAUUUUAACAGUGCCUAUCCCAAUUCUAUCAUCCCGACUCAAUUAUUGUGGGAGAAAUGUUAUUGAGAAUUGCAUGUGUGCCAAUAUGUCUGUCUCCAAGCUCUCCUGUGAUGAUGUCACCAUCAAUCGCCUUUACCAGUUUGCUGUAGGAUGGACACUGCUAGGAUCUGACCUCAUCCUCAUCUUCCUCUCCUACAGCCUCAUACUGCGAGCUGUGCUGGGACUCAAGGCAGAGGGUGCCAUGGCCAAAGCCCUGAGCACAUGUGGUUCUCACUUCAUCCUUAUCCUCUUCUUCAGCACCAUUCUUCUGGUCUUCGUGCUCACUCUUGUGGUGAAGAAGAAAGUCUCCCCUGAUGUGCCAGUCUUGCUCAAUAUCCUCCAUCAUGUCAUCUUCUCAGCCCUCAACCCCAUUGUUUAUGGAGUGCGAACCCAGGAGAUCAAGCAAGGAAUCCAUAGAUUACUGAAGAAAGGAUGGUAG